UCAGCCCCCAGGGGCUGGCUGCCCUUCCAGAAGCCUGCAGGAGGACAGAGCCAUGCUGGUCCCCAACUAGCUCCCGCUCCCCAUGUUCUUCAAACAAGCAUAUGCUUGGGGGAAAUGACUGGUCUGAAAAUAACCACAUCUUACAGGAUGACCCUCUAGCCUCCUGCACAAUUGUCUUCCUGGGGGUUCUCAUCACCUCUCUGCUGUGGAGGGUAAAUCCCCGGUGACUUGUGUUUGGUCAAUGAGAUCUGCAGACUGCUCCAGUCGGAAACAGCAAGCCAGGCCCCAGCUGAAAAAGAGCUGUUCGUCACCCCCAAACGCAUAAGAACGAUCUCGCUGCUUCUGAAUUAAAAUGAUUCUUCCCGGAACAGAGAAGAUGGUGAUGAAGAUAUUGAUCUUGUUUGUGCUUGGGAUGAACUACCCGUCUUGUGCAGGUUUCCCGGUGUACGACUAUGACUCGUCCUCCUUGAGGGAAGCCCUCCGUGCGUCUGUGGCAAAAGUGAAUUCCCAAUCCCUGAGCCCGUAUCUGUUUCGGGCAUUCAGAAGCUCCGUAAAAAGAGUCAAUGUUCUGGAUGAGGACAGCUUGAACAUGGACCUAGAGUUUGGCAUUCGGGAGACAACAUGCAGGAGAGAUUCUGGAGAAGACCCCGCUACGUGUGACUUCCAAAGGGGCUACUAUGCGUCUCCAGCUAUUUGCAGAAGCACGGUGCGGAUGUCUACCGAACAGGUGCAGGACGUGUGGGUUCGCUGCCACUGGUCCUCCAGCUCUGAGUCUAACAGCAGUGAAGAGAAGUUUUUGGGGGACAUACUGGGAUCCUCUAAAUGGAGGAACAACUACUUACUUGGUCUCAUUUCUGACAGAUCCAGAAGUGAAUUUUAUGAACGGUCACUUGAGAGCCCGAGAGGGAUCUUUCCUCCUGGGAAUCGAGGGUACUGGAACAAGUGGCACAGAUUUCAAGAAUAAUCACUGGCUUUGGGUAAUAGCUUCAAGCAAAAUACACUGGAAAGAAUAGAAAUGCCAGAGAAGAAAGAUGCUUCAUGAAUUGUGUGAUUUUUCUUUUGAUGGGUUCCAGUCCCUAAUAAAUGAUUUACUCUUCCUCUUUUUCCAUUGACUGAUUUAAAAAAAAAAAGGCAUAACUAUCAAAUUUUUAGAUAAGAAGCAAUUACAUGAGGAGAUUAAUAUUACCUAAGGAUUUUAGGAGCUAAGAACUCACAUAGUAGCCAUGCAUAGCAUAAUUAUGUCAAAUGUGUGUUUUAGAUCAAUAGGCAAUGCUUGUAAAUACCUUAUUCCUUUGUGUGUGUGUGUGUGUGUGUGUGUGUGUGUGUAAAUUCCUUAUUCUUAAAAAGACAAUCAGUCCAGGCAACUUGGUGUCAAGAAUGUCUUUCCUUUUGUGACUUAUUUUAAUUAAAAAAUUAAUAAAUCAUCUGGUGAAUUAGGGAUGAAAGGCAGGCCCCUGCCUACCAUCAAAAUGUUCCUGUGGAUUCUUUUUCUCUAGACUUCUCAGUCCCGGGCAACAAUAUAGAAGAACUAGCUUUCUGUCAAAGUGGAUAUUGCCAGGAAAGUACCCAAGGACAGAGGUCUGUGUUCCCAGGCCACUUGUCAAUUGCAGCAGCUAGAGGACUUCCUGGAUCCAGGCCCUUCUGCAGUAGCCCCAAGAGGAUUACAGGACGUGAGAACUCACAAACCCAAAUGCAGUCCCUUUCCAGUGAGACUGAAACUCUUGUCAGAUCUCCCUGUCUUUCCAGGAAGAUGUCACAAGCCCCUGAGAACUAUUUCCCAGAUGGGUGAUACAGUAAAGGCAUUAUUGGUCAUUUGUACCUUCAUUUAGAAGUGACUGCUGGGGCGUCUGGGUGGCUCAGUGGGUUAAGCCUCUGCCUUCAGCUCAGGUCAUGGUCUCAGGGUCCUGGGAUCAAGCCCCACAUCA